AAAAUGUAUUUUGUGCUAUUUUUGAUACGAUUUGAGUUAAAAGCGUUUAAACGCUUUUCCAAUUUGUGUCAUUUUUCACAAUUUAAAUAAUUAUCCUGGAUAAACCGCAAGAGCGAAUGAUCUAAAAUUUUGCACACAAGUAACUGAUCUCGACCUACAUCAAACUGAGCAUUAAUCUCGAAAAAUUAUUUCCAGUUCCGUCAUGCCAAAACACCUCAGUGGAGUCCCUUUAAUAAAACGCUGUAUACAUAUUCUAGAAAAAACACAAUGUCCAACCGCUGAAAUAACUUUAGGACACUAUUACUACUUGAACUUUGCGAGAUAUGUUUUAAUAAAGAAAUCGUUGAAUAAUUAAUCAUAAAGUAAAAGGUGUGAUUUAUAGAAAUAUUACACUGUAUUGUGGUUAUUAAAUUCAGUCAUUAAAGGAAAUGUUCUUCCCAUAUAAAGGAUAGUAUUUCCCCUUCCGAGUACAUGCUACAAACUCCUAUAAAAAUGGAAUUCUUGCUGGUUCAAAGUAGUAACAACUUGUUUGUCUUUCAACCUGACAACCAAAGUGAUAAAGAAAUUACCAAAGACUUAAUUUAUUUCAAUUCACUAGGAUUUUCAACUAAGAAAAAUGAACAAAAUGGUUUAUCUCGGAUGUUUGGCUCUUGCCUCAUGUGUUGGUAUGGCUCUUGGCUACGGAAGUGUUAUGACGGGUCACAACAAGUUUACCUCAUACCCUUACAUGGGUAACAUGGGUAACAUGGGUUACGGACCAUACAUGGCGGGAUCUUCAGGCUUUGGAGGUUUUCUAGGUGGUACAGGCGGCUCAAGUGGUGGUAUGGGUGGCAUGUUUGGGAACAUUAUCCAACUGUUCUUAUUUAUCUUUGUGAUCAACAUCUUGUUUUCGAGUACUGGUCUUGGUUCGGGCCUUGGCUCAGGUGGCCUGGGUAUCGGCAAGAAGUCUUCACACGUGACCCGUGACUAUGACUUUUACUGAACACAGUUUAAAUAAGAUGAGAGCAAUGGAAAGGAGAAAUAGAGAAAUGCGUCGACUGAUGUAUAUAUUACAGGGAAACCAAAAUGAAACUCAUCUGUGAUUUAACAUUGUAUUUAUUUGAAAAAUAAAAAAUAAAAUAAAAAUGGUA